CCUCCUCUUUUUCAGACUUACAUAUCUGGGCUGUUGAAAUGGGCAUUGGAUGAAGCUUGAUGUUUAUUCCUGACUAUAGUUCGGGUGCAAACGCCGUUUGGGUUUUUGGUUUUCUUCUCCGGGGAGGCUGCCCGAAGCAGGUUGCGAUCUGUUGACUUGCCGUAGGACGUUUUGAUCGUCACGAAAGAUGGUGAGUAGUUGGUUUGCUAGUCAAAUUGUGGUCUGUCUAUGGCGGCGGUUCAUAGCCAUACGGUCCUAUUUGCCGUGCUUUCCGCGGAUGCAUUCGUUGGAACCAACCCGUCUCAGAUAUUCAAUGUCGGAGCUUUCUGCGAUAUACCGUUCCCGAGAUCCAUCUCAAGUUUUUCUUCCUUUUUGGCGUCAAGGGGUUCGUUCCUGUUCGAUAUGCGAGUGAUUUCUAGAGGAUUGCCAAAAGGGCGAAGAGCGCGAAAAAAGGUUGAGUGAACGGGCAGUUGGUUGAGCUAGGCGUCGAACCCGACUCUCGAGCUUCGAUGUGUGCGAGUGGUUAGAGAGCGUGCAUUAGUGUGACUAUGACGAAGUUUCCGAGAGUCAAUUGAUCUUGUGGGUGCAUCUCAUUCUCCGCUCCGUUUGAUGAUGUUGAGCAGCUCAGACGUUGGAUGGGAUGUUAAGGGUCAUAGCUGGAUAAGGUGCAUGGGGACUGAGGUAUGCGGAAGAAUGUGCCCUCUUCCACAGUGAUUGUCGCAGUUCCUUCCAUCUACAAGAUGCUCUCGACCGGGCACUCAUUGACAGGCAAGUGCUUAUCAAGGUAGGGAAGCACUGAGAAGGCAUCUUGCCUUGCUCGGAUCAGCUCCUCUUCGACACCUUGGAAACUCGCUGGGAGGUUGCAUAAGUUGCGGUUUCCAGCGACAUCUGCGUGUAAGGUACCUUGCAUUCCCAUGGCUUGCA